UUGUUUUGACAUUUCACAGCGCUGCACUCAGUCGGUCCGUUUGUCUGAGUAAAAUCUGUGCACAACCAACAAAAUUGAAUAGCAUUCAGAAAAAACAAUGAGUCGAAUUGGUUUGUUUGUUAAAGAGGCCAGAAAAUGGCUAAACUUAAAAGAUCCCGUAGUUUUUGUGCUCGGCAAUGAAAGUUGCGAUUUGGAUUCAGCCGUGUGUGCUGUAAGCUUAGCAUACUUUUAUAUGAAUACAAACAAACUGCCAGAUCAUCUGUUGAUCGACGGAAAGUGCCGAUUUUUACCUAUGAUGAACAUUCAUCGAACAAAUCUUCCGCUCAAAACUGAAGUGACCUAUUUCAUGCGCAAACACGGCAUUGACAUUGAUGACUUGGUUUGCAACAACGAAGUGUCGCAUGACUUAUUGAAUGUGUCCAAAUUCAUAUUGGUUGAUCAUCACAUCGCUACACCCAUAACCGCCAGUGAUAGAGUCAUUCAAAUCUUUGACCAUCGGCCAUUAGAUGCGAAAAAUGCCCACAUCCCGAAUGAAUGUAAAUCGAAAAUUCAAGAAGUUGGUUCGUGUGCCACAUUAAUAGCUGAUGAAAUUCGUGCGCUAGAGGGCUCGUUCGAGGAACACGAAUAUUUGGUCAGCUUUUUAAGAGGACCAAUCGUUUUAGACACCAUUAAUUUUUCUGAAUCAGCCGAUAAAGCCAGACCACUUGACAUUGAAAUCAAUGGAGAAAUCGAAAAAUCACUAGAUUCGAACGAAGAGGAUCGUUUGAAGCUAUUCAAGGAUUUGGUAAAAGCACGUAGUGACGUUAGUUCAUUAUCAGCUCUACAACUUUUGUCGAAGGAUUUGAAAGUAAUUUCAAAUAGCGAUAAAUCGUAUGUGGUAGCCAUUCCUGGAUUUCCAGUUUUAGUCGAGGACUACGUUAAAAAACAAAAUGCGUUGGAAAGUUUGCGGCAAUUUGGCAAGGAACGAAACUGUGAUAUUUUAGUGCUAAUGGGAAUGAAGGAGCUCGAAACCGGUGGUAUUCGGAGAGAUAUUGGAUUGUUACCAUUGCGCGACACUGAACAAACAAAUAAAGUGAUCAACGUGCUAUGCAUCACGAAUAGAGAAUACUUGGGGCUUACAAAUAAAACUUGUGAUCUAUUACAAGGCCGACUAUUCGAACAACAAAAUGUAAAGGCUUCACGCAAACAAAUCUUACCGAUCGUUCAAAAUGUAUUGGAUGAGAACUAAAAAGAGAUCUGCAUUCUGAAUCCUGUGACAAAACACAAUUAAAAAAAAAUGAAAAUUCAACAAGAAAAAAACUCGAGCAA